GCGGGGCCCCCCGGGCAAGGUCUGUGCCUCCCUGUGCCCGCCGUGUGCCCCGCUCGGGGUCAGCCUGACCGCAGGGACGGCACACGAACACCCCCCGCGCCGGCGGGUGAUACAGGGCCCCCGCUGCCCUUGGGGGCUGCCGGCUCCGCAGAGCGUCCCGCUCCCUCCAAGGCCCCUGCGCGGCUGCGGGCUGGGGCACGGCCUGUGCCCAGCGGAUUGAUGGAGCUCCUGCCCCGCCAGCAGCACCCCCGGCAGGAGGGAGGACACGGGGUACACAUUCUGAACAUGGGGACGUGCUCUGCCCUACCGAGCCAGGCUCUGCCUGCUCUGCCGCGCUUAGGGUGUCCAGGAACACAGAGCCGCUUAUUUGCCAAACCCAGCCCAAACUCCGUGCUCUCCCUUUACUCUCAUGGUUCUGGCUGGCUCAGCCAUGCUCAUGUACCAAACCACUGUGGCCGCGAUGUGUUUCUCUGUUCCUGUGUAGCUGGGUCCCACCCCUGAAUUCACCUGGUGUGUGCGUUCCUGUAGUGCCAGGCAGAAUGGAGGCCCUGGAGGAGACGGAGGAAGUGGGGCAAACACCAGAAGACGCGAACUCUUUAAAUAGCAGUGAUUUCCUCGAUGACUUGGAGGCAGAUAUAACUGUGGAGGAAGCCUCUGUCCCAAGUGAUGUACCUGGUUUUGACUGGAGCUCCAUUGACACAUCCCACUUACCAUCUUCGUACAAGACAAAUUCCCGGCAGGAAAAGGAACUGCUGCAGCUUGCUGACCAUUUCCUCGAGCAGUACACUCACCUGUGCCCUGACCGCAAGCCGCUCUUCGUCCACCCAGUCAACGAGUGUGGUGUGCAGAAGUUUGUGAGCACGACAUUGAGGCCAACCCUGCUGCCUUUCCCAGAGCUGUACUACUGGUCAGGCUGUGCCAGCUUUGUCUGUGAUUACCUCAUCAUGGAGCCCCUCAAGUGCCCAAUCACACUGCCCAGUUCGCUCUAUUCCCCAACCACCAUCCUGAAAUACCAGCGAGGGAACUGCUUUGACUUCACUGUGCUGCUGUGCUCCCUGCUGAUCGGGGCUGGCUACGAUGCCUACUGUGUACAUGGAUAUGCCACCCGUGAAAUGUGCUCCCUGGACCAGACUCAGGAGGUCUGCCCACUGCUCAGGAAGCCACUGGAGGAACCAAAAGAGGAGGACCCCAACAAGUACAGAAUUAAGUACCCUUUAGAGCCACAGAGCAAGUUUGAGCUUCAGCAGAAGGACAAGAAGGAGGAAGAAACUGAACCUGGACAAGAGGAGGAAAGAGAAGAGGAGGUUGUCAUGGAGGUGGAAAAGCCCAGGCGAGACCCUUUGCACGGCUUACGGGUGCACGCAUGGGUUCUGCUUCUGUCUGGGAAGAGGAAGGUUCCCGAGACCUUCUUCAUCAACCCGUUCACAGGAAACCACCACAGCACCACGGAUGAGUGCUUCCUUGGGAUUGAGAGCAUCUGGAACCACAGGAACUACUGGGUGAACAUGCAGGACUGCCGGCAAGGCUGCAAGGAUCUCAGCUUUGACUUGAGUGAUUCUAUCUGCUGGGAAAUUAUGUUUUCAGAGAGCAACGAGCCCUCUCAGUUGCCCACAGAGUCACCCAAGAAAGACACAGAUGACAUGGAAAAGGGGGAAAUAGACAUGAGCUUUGAGAUGCCACUAUCGUGGGUAGCCCCAAUUAAGGUAUCUUACAGAGAAUAUGAGAAUCCCUUUUCCCAGGGGAAGAAGGUGGUCCUGUACAAUAAAGCAAAACUGGAGAAAUGGGCGGCGUAUGCGAAUGGAGAUGGGCUGGUGGAACGUGUCACUGUCUACACAGACUCAGACUGUACUGAAGAAGUGGAGGUGAAGGAGUGGUUCAAACAUCGAGAAGACCUGUUGUAUAUGAGAGAAGUGAAUAAACAAACACAGCUGAUCACAGACUAUUUCAGGCCAGGACACCCCCUCCUUCUUAAAGCUCACUCCUACACGUCGCUGGAACCUGAGACUGGACACACAGUGGAGUAUUACCAUACAGCACGAGUUGAUGGCCUCUGGAAACGUUUUGAAAAUGCUACUGAGAUAACAGAGCACUUCGUGGGGCGGGAGGACUUCCUGCACAUGCGGCACAUAGAGCUUGGUGAAAGAGACAAGAAAAUGCAAACGGCUGGCAUCAGAACUGAUGCUAACCCCCGGCCUAUAGUGCAAAUCAAGGAGUAUUUCCACAGAAAUCCAGAAAAGCCUGCUGACGAAGAUAUAGAGGAACGUAUCUUUAUGGUCAUAGAUGAUAUCAUCCAGCUGACAUAUCACCUCGAGGUUCAUGACACCAUUGCCUCAAAGGUGGUUUUCUGCAGAGUAAUAGGGAGGGAGAAGAGAGAAGACGAAAUCUUUCUGAGCCGAGAAAACUCUGUCACAUACCAGCCGUGGGCCCCGGAGAAACACAGGAACAUGCUCCAUCUGUACAACUUGCUGUGGGAGCUGAGAGCAGAACAGAAGCUGCUGAAGCAACAAGUCCGGGACUCUGAAGCAGAGAUGUUAAAUAUUUUGACGGAACGUGAGCAUGAGGAAGCCAAUAUUAAAUUGUCAGUUUCAAUGUAUAACACUGCAAGGAGAGGAAAACAGCAUGAAGCCACGGUGCUGAAAGAGGAGCAGAAGAGCUCCCAGAGUUCCUUGGAGAACAAGAAUCAGCUCAUCAGAGGGGAGGAUGAAUCCCUCACCCAUCACACUGCAACCAACUCCUCGUUCUAGAGACUCAGCAGGGACUGGGAAUGACUGCCUUAGCAGGGGAGGUUUAUCAGUCAGCCCCCCAGAACAUGAAACUGAAGCUACUCUGUAAAAUAUUCUAGUCCAUGUCCCACUGCAGUUUUCUUCUGAUAUCCCCCUUCUUCUUCUACAGAAAAGCAGUUGGCACAAUAGAAACUUAAAGAAAUGGUGCUCAAGAAUCCUCUCCUGGCUGGGCACCUCAGGCGUUACUGAUUUCUUCAUUCCUUUUCUGGAGCUGCCUGCAAUAAAUCUUUCACUAUCAUCACA